ACUUUGUUGACAGUUGACAAGACUAGUAAAAUAGCCAAAGGAAUAUCUGGAUUUGGAAUUCUAUUGCUUCCUUCAGCUUGUUUUCUGGUCAUUUGCAGAUAUAUUAGUAAAUCGUUGACUGUUGAGCCUUUAGAAACCACAAAAUUAGCGAAUACAAACCUAAAAAAGAACAAUAACAAAAAUGGAACAGGGACCGACUAUAAGCGGAGCUGAGGAAGCCGUUUUUGUAAAGAGUGAGCAACUCCCGGAAAAUACACCUCGAGUGAAAGGCUAUGACUGGAACAAAGGAAUCGAUUACCACGAGCUUUUGAAUGCUUACAAAUAUUCAGGCUUUCAAGCAACGAAUUUUGGUUUGGCUGUAGAAGAAAUCAAUAAAAUGAUUGCCAGCCGGAAAGUUCCUUUGAAUGAUGAGCAAAUUGAUGAGCUAGAAGACGAUGAAUUCAUCAAACGCAAAUCUAGCUGCACUGUAUUCCUUGGUUACACGUCAAACAUGUCUUCGUGUGGAAUCAGAGACACUAUUCGUUUUCUCGUACAGCACAAAAUGGUUGACUGCAUUGUGACUUCGGCUGGUGGCGUUGAAGAGGACAUAAUCAAGUGCUUGGCACCAACUUAUGUGGGCAGCUUUCGUCUGGAUGGGCGAACUCUCAGGGACAAGGGCAUCAACAGGAUAGGCAACCUGCUUGUCCCUAACAACAAUUACUGUCUUUUUGAAGACUGGCUAAUGCCCAAGCUCGACGAGAUGCUGCAGAUCCAGAAGGAUACGGGUAUGGUUUGGACGCCAUCAAAAGCCAUAUCAUAUCUGGGGGAGGCGAUCAAUGAUCCAUCCUCAAUCUGCUACUGGGCGGCAAAAAACAAAAUUCCAAUUUUCAGUCCUGCACUCACUGAUGGGAGUCUUGGCGAUAUGAUGUACUUUCAUUCUGUUCGAAACCCUGGACUGGUGCUUGACAUAAUUCAAGAUCUUCGAAGGAUCAACACAAUGGCAGUGAAAGCCGUGAAUACAGGCAUGAUCAUUCUUGGAGGAGGGCUAAUCAAACACCACAUCUGCAAUGCUAAUUUGAUGAGGAAUGGUGCUGACUAUUCAGUUUAUGUCAACACUGCAAGUGAAUUUGAUGGUUCAGACAGCGGGGCUCAGCCAGAUGAAGCAAUUUCUUGGGGUAAAAUUAAGAAAGAAGCUCAUCCUGUAAAGAUUUACGCUGAUGCUAGUCUAGUUUUUCCUCUUCUGGUUGGAGAAACUUUUGCCCGGGACUACCACUCAAACGUUCCUGAAGCCAAAGCCGAUUGAACAAAAGAAGACGCCAGCAUCAUGUCAGACCUCCGUCUUACUGCAUUGACUACAAUUGCUGUGGAAAAUAUUAAAAGUGUGAAAAUGCAA